UGCACUCUGUUCGUUUCCACAGAGAGAAAGAGAGAGAGCUGCCCAAGAUUGACUACUUCCUGCUUGAAUUCAUGGAAAAUCUGCAGACUUGGAGCGUUUUGAUCCAUGGUUGAUCCUUUGAAUGCCGUGAGGAGUGAACUUUCUCUUUGAAUCACUCAAACAAGAGAUCAAACUCAGGGGUAUGAAGUGUUUCCAAUUCUCAAACGGUCAGAAGGACAAACACCAGGCAAGAAACUUAGCUUCUUCCCGGUCGAGCAGUGGGUCUGAAUUCAAUACACUGAACGGCGUUUUUGAUUUGAGUGCUGCUUCAAUGAGGAGAUCUCCUUUACCAACUUUCUCUCAAAAGCCGAGCAAUCUUCGGGUGUUUACUUUUUCAGAACUGAAGAAUGCUACGAAGAAUUUCAGCCGUUCGGUAGUGCUCGGUGAAGGUGGGUUUGGAUCAGUGUAUAGGGGCUCGAUCAAAAGUUUGGAUGAUCCUCAAAUUAAGAUUGAGGUUGCUGUUAAACAGUUGAGCCGGAAAGGAGUGCAAGGGCACAAGGAAUGGUUGACUGAAGUGAAUGUUCUCGGCAUUGUAGAUCAUCCAAAUCUUGUCAAAUUAAUCGGCUAUUGUGCUGAAGAUGAUGAAAGAGGAAUGCAACGGCUACUUAUAUAUGAGUUUAUGCCUAGUAGAAGUGUACAUGACCAUUUAUCAACUCGGUCAACUACACAUAUUCCAUGGGCUAGGAGAUUAAGAAUAGCUCUUGAUGCUGCUCGUGGCCUUACAUACCUUCAUGAAGAAAUGGAUUUUCAGAUUAUCUUCCGAGAUUUCAAAACAUCCAAUAUUCUCCUAGAUGAGAAUUGGAAUGCAAAGUUAUCAGACUUCGGUCUGGCAAGACAGGGUCCUGCCGAGGGGUUAACUCAUGUAUCGACCGCGGUUGUCGGGACAAUUGGAUAUGCGGCACCUGAAUACAUCCAAACUGGCCGUCUCACUUCCAAGAGUGAUAUUUGGAGCUACGGAGUUUUCCUUUAUGAGCUUAUUACUGGUCGGCGUCCACUGGACAAAAACCGGCCGAAAAAUGAACAGAAGCUAUUAGAGUGGAUAAAACCAAACAUUUCUGAUGUCAAGAAGUUCAGCAGAAUUAUUGAUCCAAGACUUGAAGCUGAUUAUUCUUUACAAUCCGUAACAAGAUUAGCAUCUGUAGCAAAUCGAUGUUUAGUCAGGCAAUCAAAAGCAAGGCCGAAGAUGAGUGAAGUGCUAGAAAUGGUGCAAAGGAUUGUCGAUACUCAAGAAACUGGAGCUCCGGAAUUCCCUAUGAAAAUUCCUAGCAUCAAUGAAACGAUGCCGGAGGAGAAGAAGAAGAAAAGAUUGAACUUGAAGGGAUUGGGACUGUCAAUGACAUUGAAGAUGACCGGAGAUAUGAAAUCAGGUGAAGGUAGAAAGCUUGUGUGGCAUGGAUGGACUCCAAAACUUGUAAAAACACAGUACUGAUGAUGAAAAUUUAUUACAAAGUUUGUUCUACUAUUAAUAUUGGUAUUAAUUGGAUGAAAUGUGAUUCUAUAGAUAUGAUUUAUUUAUAAAUUUUAGGUUGUAAGGGAACAUUUCUUGUAAUAAUCAAGUGGUUUGACCAUUUGAAUAUAUAUUUUCUUAUGGA